UCAGCAUCCGAUAAAAUGAAACUCUACAGCUUUUUACUUGGCGUUGCAGUGGCUGCUGUGGCCGUUGCCCAGGUAAUUGUAGCCACUCACUUGUCCUUGGGCUUUCAUGUGACAGUCCUUUGCUGUUUUAUGUUGCAGGUGACCGCCAAGUUUCAGAUUCGCACGCAUGAUGAUGCUGUGGAGGCGCACGAGGAGUGCCGUGUGGAUAAUCAAGUGCCCGAUGACAUUUACGAGAAGUUCCUGAAUUACGAGUUUCCCGAGCAUCGUCACACCAAGUGCUAUGUGAAGUGCUUUGUGGAGAAAAUGGGACUCUUUGCGGAUCGCAAGGGAUUCCUGGAGAAUGCAAUGAUAACACAGUUCACGUACAACAACUUCAAGAAUGCGGAGAAAGUGCGUCAUGGACUGGAGAAAUGCAUCGAUCACAAUGAGGCGGAGUCGGAUGUGUGCACCUGGGCCCAUCGUGUCUUCUCCUGCUGGCUGCCCAUCAAUCGCCAAGUGGUGCGCAAGACUCUGGCUGAUUUAACAGCUGAUGCACACAUACUGGACAAAUGCCUGCAUGAGCUCAGCACACCCGAACGCAUUGGCAGCGAUCUGGCCAAGCUGUUGCGCUAUGCCGAGUGGACCAGCGAGGAGGUGCCAUGUCUGAUGCGCUGUCUGGCCAGCGAGAAGGGCUGGUUCGACAUUGAGGCCAACAAGUGGCAUAAGCAGCGACUGGUCGACGAGCUGGGCGCUGACAUCUACAACUAUUGCAACUACGAGUUGCACCGCAAAUCUCGAGACGGUUGCAGCUAUGCGCAUCGUGGUCUGCGUUGCCUCAAGCAGGCGGAGCUGCAUGCCGGCAACAGCAUCAGCACAUUGCUGCAGUGCACCAGCAAGCUGAAUGCCACCAAUGUGCAGCUGCUGCAGUACAGCAAACUCAGCUCAAAGGAAUCCAUUCCCUGUCUGUUUCAAUGCUUCGCUGAUGCAUUGCACUUCUAUGACGAGGCCGGCAAUUGGCAGCUGUUAAAUUGGCAGCAAGCCUUUGGCCCCAGCCGACAGGAUCUGCAGCCGGAUUACAGUGGCUGCCGUCUUAGCCAGGAGCAGCGAAGUCUGGCUGGCAACAAGUGCGCCUGGAUGUACGCAGAGUAUCUCUGCUGGGAGCUACAUAAUGGCAAUCUGCAACAACAACAACCACAACAAGCAACAAAUUAAACUAGUUUAGUUUUAGCUGUCCAAGCUGCAACAUUGUGUGCAGCGCCGUUUCGAGGGGGGGGCAAGGGGGACAAUCGCCCCGGGCGCUAAGAUAUUAGGGGCGCCAAUAUUUCAAAAAGAGUUUGAGCUUAGAAAAAAUUUUAGGGGUUGGGCCUGAGAUUAAAUAAAUCAAACAGCGAAAA